ACAAUCCUCAGAUUCUUCUUGUCACACCUAGGGGAUACUCGUACUUUAAACUAAAUAAGUUUUGUCAAUUGCUGUUAUGGUUUACCUUCACUUUCCAAGCAACCUCACAGAGGAGGAACAAAUGCUGCAGACAAAAUACCAGAAACUGUGUCGAAAGAGAAAAGCAUUACAGCAGCUGCGGACUCCUAAGCCAGAUGCUGAGCAGAGUCCCACCAACAAGCGGCCAAUGGAGGCCAAAGAUGCCAAGGAAAUGGCCAAAAAGUUGAUAAAGUCAGGGGCUAUCAGAGUGCCUGAGAAGCUGCCAAGCAACAAUGAGAGAACCACCUUCAAGCGCUCAAUGGGGUUGGAGCGCAAGCUGUCAGCGGCAGACAAGGCUCCGUCAGGAUACCAGCCGUUCAGCACCAGCCAUCCUGAGGAGGAAGUGCACGAGUCACGCCUUAAAGUCAAGCAUCUGUACGAUAGUUUCGUGAGCGAUCGAGAGCGGGUGGGGGAGAAGGCUGAGGGGCGUGCUGCUGCUGCUGGGGGAUUAGAAGGGGAAGACCCUCUGAGUCCCCUCACUCCCCCACGUGCAGGGACCGCCCCUGGGGGAGCCCUGCGCCCUCCCCUAUCAGGGGACGCUGGUGUGGCCCCACGCUCCGGCCACACUAUAUAUAUUUUCGGCUAUAACAUCUCUGAAGAAGUUAUCAAGAAAAACUUCAGUAGCUUCGGUAGCAUCAUUAACAUCAGCAUGGAGGUGGACAACAAUUGCGGGUUUGUGACUUUCGAGAAAGUGGAAUCUGCUGAGAAAGCUAUAGCAGAGAUGAACGGCACGAUGGUGUCGGGGGUGCAGCUGAAGGUGUCACUAGCGCGGCGCCAGCCUCCCGUGGAGCCCAUCAACGACGCGUCGUCCUCAGCCACGUGGUCCACCAUCGCGGCGAGCCACUCACAGAAAGGUUCCCACAACGACAAGCGCGACCUCGUCAGGUACGACGAGGACUUCUUCUAGCCUUCGUCACCACGUCACGGGGACUUCUUCCCCCGCCCCGCCAUCGUCACCACGUCACGGGGACUUCCUAUAGCCCCGCCCCGCCAUCGUCACCACGUCACGGGGACUUCUUAUAGCCCCGCCCCACCAUCGUCACCACGUCACGGGGACUUCUUCCCCCGCCCCGCCAUCGUCACCACGUCACGGAGACUUCUUAUAGCCCCGCCCCGCCAUCGUCACGGCAUUAUUUCGCCCGCCGUUGCUCCAAUGUUUAGUUUUUUAAAACUUAUUACCCAUUUCCAAUCGCCAUCUCCAGUCCCUUUUUAUUUUCCGCUUUACUUCUCAUUUCGAAGCUCAUUUUUCAUCAGUACAGGGCUAUUUUUUUACAACUGUCUCGUAUUUUCUUGCUGUUACGUCAUCUUCCGUCAUUCAUUCAUACAUCAUUCACUCGUGCACCAUUCAGUUGUAUGAAUGUGGCAAUGUAUAAAGAUAUAAAGAUGGUCGUCUUGCGUCUGAGGGCAGUAAAAUAUAUCGUCGAAUAUGUGAAUUUAUGCCCUUGCAAAUAAAAUGCUUUGUAAAAAUUUGCCUGCGUCGGAUUGCGAGCGAGAAUAUUAAUCAUUUAACGGCCUAACUGAUCUUAGCGUAUAAUAUGUGUUUAAUAUCGUCCAAUAAACUUAUUCUAUUC